GUAGUUUGUUUUCACCCACUGUUAGCUUGUUUCAUGUCUUUGCUCGUGUGACCUGUGGUGUCCUCCAAGAGCUUCGAUUUAACAGCCAGCCAGAAAAAGACGAAAGAACCCAAAUAAUGGUUUUCGAAGAGAAGAUGAUCAUGAAUGGAGAGCCCGAGGAGGAGGAGGAAGAAGAGGAGGAAGAAGAAGAGGAAAUGGUGGAUCCUAUUGAAACAUUGCGACAGAAGUGUGAAGCGACGGAGCACUGCACUCACACUCGGGAGCUUUUGGAACAGUGUGAAACCAGAGUUGGCUCUCGAUCUGCAACACAAGAGGAUUGCACUGAGGAGCUGUUUGAUUUCCUGCAUGCUCGAGACCACUGUGUGUCUCACAAACUGUUCCAUUCUGUCAAAUGAAGUCUCUCUUGGAAGUUGGACUUCUUGAAGAUAACAUUCUUUAAAUAUUGUAUUAUCAGAAGAAACUGGUUUUAAAUUCAUCCAUAUGUGGAUCUGCUGUUGGUUAUAACUUUAAAAUGUAUGAUUUAUCCGCUUAUGUGAAACAGUAUUGAACAAUCGUGUCUGAUUGUUAAAAUUUCAUUAAAGUGGGUUGAGAACAA